UUGGAGUUGUUGAUGAUCAUACCCCAGUGUCUUGACGUCUGAUGCUCCAGUCCAAAUAUGCACCUUGGUAUUCACAGGUCUGUGUUGAGCUCCAUGACCUGAAGUGUACUCGCCGGCAAGCUGAGCAUGUUUGGCGGAAGACUGGACUCGCCGUCCACAAAGGAAUUUAUAAUGCUGCCAAGCGAAGAGUUGCAAAAUGUGUCAACAAGACCAAAACAUCAUAUCUUCAGGCCCAAAUAAAUAAUUGCACCUCCUCCAGAACACUUUUUGAACAUAUGCAAUCGAAUUACUGGAAUUAGCAAGGCAACACCGCUGCCCUCUGCCUAUCCUGCUUCACAGCUGCCUCACACCCUUGGAUGUCGUCAAGAUUCGAUUACAAGCUCAGAAGAAACCUAAUGCCUUUAUGAAGGGAAACUGCUUUCUGUACUGCAACGGAUUGAUGGAUCACAUGUGUGCCUGUGUGAAUGGACAGUCUGUACCAUCAACUCAGGCAUGGUACAGGAAACCUGGUCACUUCACUGGAAUGCUGGAUGCCUUUGUCAAGAUUAUAAGAUACGAAGGAGUGACAUCUUUGUGGAGUGGCCUGCCACCUACAAUGGUGAUGGCAGUGCCAGCAACAGUAGUAUAUUUCACAAGUUAUGAACAGCUGAAGGCCCUCUUUGCAUAUGAUGAAAAGAACUUGCAGGACUGGUGGAAACCCAUGGCAUCUGGUGCAACAGCCAGAGUUUGGGCAGCAACUGUUAUUAGUCCACUUGAAUUGGUAAGGACAAAGAUGCAGUCAGAACAAUUAACAUACAAGGAAGUAGAUAAAGCUGUGAGGACAACUAUCAAAAGCGAUGGAAUCAUUUCACUGUGGAAAGGCCUAGGACCAACACUUUUGCGGGAUGUUCCUUUCUCAGCUCUCUACUGGUUGGCAUAUGAAACUGCAAAGAGUGAGGUGUUGCGCAAGCAUGGAAAAGAGUUGUCUUUUGGGGAAAGUUUCGUGAUAGGAGGAUCUGCAGGCGCAGUAGCUUCAGUGGUGACUCUACCCUUUGAUGUCAUAAAAACACAUCGACAGAUUGAAGUUGGGCAAGAGAUUUUUCUAAAAUCCAGUAAACAUAGUAGUUCAACCUGGAAGCUCAUAAGAAAGUUGUAUAUCACUGAGGGAUUCCAAGCUCUCUUUGCAGGGCUGGUUCCACGAAUCAUCAAGGUGGCCCCAGCAUGUGCUAUCAUGAUCAGUACUUAUGAAUACUUCAAGCAGCUUUUUCUUAAACUGAACCUACAGGAGCAAAAAAAGAUCGCUAAUGCUGACUCAUCUCUUCAGAGUAAAUUUUGAAUCAGGAUUAUUGUGAGCUCAGUUUUAUGCGCAAAUAAUGGACGUGACAGCUGUCACAAUGUGAGGAUUUGAUUACAUUCACUUCAGCCAUAGACGCAGUUCAGUGCCUUGUUCCUUCAGUCCAUGCAUGCAUCUCUAUGUAUAUAUUCUUGCUUGUGUGCAAGAGUGAACAAGACAGUUUUCAAAUAACACUCGGCAGGGAUUGUUAAUGUGAACAGAAAGAAAAAUUAACAUUUGUGUGUCAAAGGUAUGCUGAAAUCUGAAUGCAGUAACUUCUGUUUUUCAUCUCCCUCUCACACUCUUUUAUGAUCUGGCAAAAAUCCAUUAUUCCAGGAACAAAAUGUGGUUAGCAGGAUUCUUUUAAUAAGCAAAAAUGUAUACCUCUCACUUUCUGUAAAUUAUAAGUUAUAAAUUUAUCGAAAUAUUUUCCAUAUAUUUUGUCACAAACUUAUGGGAGAUAUUUGGUUUGUUGUCUUUCAUUAAACAUUCAAUUAUCCAGUAACUUUACCAUCCCUAUGCAUACAUUUCCUUAUUGUUUGCACUUCAUUGAAGGAAACAACUAAGAAAAUUUUUAUGUCACUGCUGGUGUGUGUUUUUUUAUUGAAUAUGAAAAUGUGCAUAGUGUUAAAGAAACAGUUGUUUUGCCAUGUAUAGUCUUUGUGUUUCACACAGACAUUGAGUUAUAACAACCAACAGAAGGUAUGGAAAUACUCUUACUGCUUUGAAAAAAAACCUUUUAUGGUUGCAUUAGCUGUGUGGAUCAGCACAUGUUCAGCUUUAUAGGGAAAUAUCUCAUGUUUAUCUGGGUAUACAUAUAAGUAAAAAUGCUUGUGAAUGUGUGCAAGGAAAUAUAAAUAUUUAUCAUUGGUUAAUGAUUUCAAUAGGCAUUAUAAACAUAGUGGGUUUGUAGAAAUGAGAGUAAGAACUGAAAAAUAGUUUAAUUUUGGGUGCUACAUUCAUUUAGUACAUAAAAGUGUAUGUUCCAGUCAGCAUCUAGAAAAAUCUGCCUGCACGGAUGAAAAUGAAAUAUAUGGUACAUGAUCAUUAUACUCAUCAAUACGUGUGACCUGAUCAGUGGCGUGAGAACCAGGUGGGCUGCCGCCCCCUCAAAAAAAAAAUACUAAGGAGUCAAGAAUGUGUAUGUCAUUUAUUUUCAGCAUGAAGUCUACCCCCUCAAACCUGAGCAUCUUCCUACCUUACUGAAAAUCUAAAGACUAUUGUGUAUAUAGUGUAUACUAUUCCAAAUAUAUCAGGAAAAACAGUGGGAACAUAAAUAUCUAUCGAUAUAAACCAUUUUCUCCAAAUUUCAAAUAAUGAAGGCAGAAGGCGUUAGUGGAAUGAAAUUCCAUUUUUUGCUUGUCAGUUAUUACACUAUGGAAAAUAAGUUAUAAUACCUCUUGCAGGUAUAAAUAGGAAGUUACCUAAUGCAUACUCUGUUCCAGUGGUUCUUAACCAGGGUUCGGUGAGUCAGUCUCAGGUGGAGCCUCCGCCACGGAGGUCAAGACACACCUGCAAUUCGUGAUGACACUAAAGAAGGGUUCGGUGAAUGUGCAUAUGAAACUUGUGGGUUCGGUACCUCAAACAAGGUUAAGAACCACUGCUCUAUUCCAUGAAAUAAAGAUCUGAAGAAGCCAUUUUCAAUCAUUACUUCAUGAGUUGUAGGCGUAUAGCAUUUUCCUCGCACUAAAAUAUAUACAUGUUUUGUCUUUUUUGUGAAAGGACUACAUUCCUGUGAAACCUAAGAAUUUUAUUAUACUUAGUCUAAAAUAUAUGAUUUGAAGUAAAGAUUCAUAUUGGAUCUAUGUGCUAUAAUAAAAACUUGCAUAUUAUUUUUGCAAGAACUGGAAGACUUAAGUAUAUCAAAAUCUAUUUUUUGCAUUAGAUAUGUUCAUUUCUGUGUGCUGUAAGAGCAGUGUAUAUGUGCAUCGCAAAUGUGAUGGCAGUAUCAGUAUAUAUAUAUAAACUUCUAUAUCUUGUAUUACAAGUAGUAACAGUAUUAUAAUCCAAAAUCACCGCAGAACUUAAGUGCAGAUCACGUUUCUAACAGAGACUUCAAAAAUAUGGUCUGUGAUACAUCAGAAUACAUGUAAUAUGCAGAUCAUAUUUGGUAACAAAGACUAAAAAAUAGGCGUGUAAUAUUCAGAUUAUAUUUGCUAAGCCAUUCAGGGUUAGGGUUAGUCAAUAGGUUUCUGGUAUUAAUAAUGUUCAAGCUACAGCUGAAUUAAAUGUCAGUCCUCUGUGUAUGGGUAACCAUGUUUUAAGGGUAGCAUGAAGAAGUUUUGGUGCUAAUUCCAAACUAUAAAGCUGACAAGGAUCAGAAUCAACCCUGUAUUUUGUCUGCAUGACAAGUCAUUGUAAAUAAAAGCAUGAACAGUU